ACCAUACUGUCUUACUCACUGCUCCCUGGGGACUAUAAUGGCGCUCGCGCGCACACACCAUGCUGACCUCCCGCGGUCACCAGUGGCCCCGCCCCUGGACUCCUGCUUCCUGAGACCGGCCCGUCCCGCCAACCGCCGGCCCCCAUCCCGCUGGGCCGCACGCUCCCCUUCCUCUUCCCCCAAACACAAAGAACACACAGUGAGGUUCCGCUUCCCUUCGCCUGCCAGACCCACUCAGACCAUCCCAGAGAUGGAGGAGCCCAGUCAGGAACUACCUCAGCCCCCCGCCUGAGGACGUCCUGCACCAGCCAAGACCACAUCCUCUGUUUCUCACCUCUUCUCUUCUACACUCUCAAAACAGAUGUGUUACAAACAGCACAUCACUCGUUCUUGUUUAACCUAUCUGUGUGUCCAGUUAACAGAAUACUCCAGCCAUUUUUAAUAGCAUACGGUUGAUUACUGUGGAAAAUAAUUUUAAAAUUAAAAUUAUUGUCUUUGGAAACUAACUAUAUGCUACAGAUGCAACAGACAGAGAUUAGGUUGAA